CGUCAACUCUGGCGCUCCGUACUCCCGUAUGAUCGUUAAUGUUUGCUAGGCUGUUGAACGUGACGCGAAACAUAAGCAAUCUUUGCGGGUUUCUAGGACAAGUGCAGUAGAUAUGAAUUGUAACAUAAGUUAAGAUGUCAAGUGAUAGUGAUUGCAAUUAUUCUAUACGUCAUCAUACUCAUAAACGCAAGAAAAUCAUCAAAAGUGAUACUGAGAGUAGUAAUGAAUCUGUUGUUCUGCAAAAAAAUUCUCAAAGAAAGAGAAAGAUAUAUAGAAUUGUCAGUGAAGAAGAAAGCAGCAGUGAUGAGAGUGACAUACCUAAUCCUGUGAAUAGACGAAGAAACUAUAGAGUUAUUAGUGAGGAUGAAUCAUCUAAUUAUGAUAUUAGUUCAUCAGAGGAGAGCACACAUUCAGAAUCACUCCAGAUUAACAGCAGCACCUCAUCUGAAUGGCAAAGUGAUUGGAGUUCUAAUGAACUGAGUGAUAACAACUACAAUAAACCUGAAACAAAGGAGCUCGACAAGCCAGGUCCUUCUUUACCAGCCAGUAUCAAUAGUAAUUCCGAUAGUGAUGAACAGUCAGAAAAAUGUCCCAUAUGUUUACUGCCAUUUAAAAAACAAGAAGUUGGUACUCCAUCCAGUUGUGAACAUAGCUUCUGUUUAGAAUGUUUAUUAGAAUGGAGUAAAAAUAUUAAUACUUGUCCCGUGGAUCGUCAACCUUUUACAUUGAUCCAGGUUAAAAACCAUAUUAAAGGCAAGAUCAAAAGACAGAUACCAGUAAAUGUUGUGCCGCGAGUCGAGUAUCAAGAUGACUUAACAUUUUGCGAAAUAUGCAGUGAAAGUAAUAGGGAAGAUCGAAUGUUAUUGUGUGACUAUUGCGAUCGUGGUUACCAUAUGGAAUGUUUAACACCACCGCUGACUGAAGUUCCUAUAGAAGAGUGGUAUUGCCCAGAAUGCACAUCAUAUGGAAGAAGGUUUGUAACGCAGUUUAUAUCUGGAGGAAGCAUACGAAGUCGACGUUCUACUGAAAAUCGUGUUCUUCAAUUUGGAACAAGCAUAUUCAGCAUGUAUCCAUAUGUCAUACGUUCAACGUUAAACCGCAAUCGCGCUCGCGCUCGAUCGAACAUUCCCGUGCAGUCUAUCGAUCCGAAUUUGCCGUCUACCUCGUCUGGCCCCGAUGGGAAUGGUGAGAAUAGUCGGAGUCGCUCUCUGGAGCCAAGUUCGGAAGGUAAUACCUCAUCCACGCGCUCGAAAAGAAAAACCAAACGACAAUCCAAAACUAAAGCGACAAAGAAAAAAAAGAAGAAGUUAACAAAGAAAAGUUCCGAAAGAUGUCCCGAAAGUGUUCUUCGCGAAGUUCGAAUCAGAGAACUCAACGAUAACGGCGAAGAGGAAGAGACGGUGGCUUAUGUCAAAGUUGUGUCGUCCACAUCGAGGAGGAAGUGUAAGAAAAGAAAGAGAACGCGCAAGAGGAGAAAACGAGGUGCACGUGGCAAAGCAUCCUUGCUGACUAGAAUACGAUCAGUAAAAUCAAGAUUAGCUUCUGUAAUAGGCUUGGAUAAGCCUACUAUGCCUGUGAGAAGUAACAACAGCUCUGUUUCUGAGAGACAAACUUUGAGAAACUCCAGAUACAACGCCGGUAUACCUCAAGUCAGUAUCUUCGGCGGUGAACUGGGAUUAGAUUAUAGUCCAUCCGGAUCCACAACAGAGGAUGAGGAUGCUAUUGGAAACGGUCCAAUGAUAAAUGUACGACAACGACGUUCGGUCAUACCGUCUAUCAGACGUCGUGCCGUUCUCAAAGCUAUCGCCAGUCCAAUUGAGGGAACGGAACCGAUGACGGACCUACUGAGUAGUAUAAUGAGUAGUCAAGAGUUGUGGCACUCAUCCGAAAAAAAGAACGUGAUUGUAAAGACCGACGGCACACUAGUAGUGGUGAGCAAUCCUGAUAAGGAGAACAAGCAUAGUAUCAACAACAACGAAAGUCCGAAGAAGGAGAAGGAGAAGAAGUGCAAAAAGGAAGCAAUACUGAAGGAAGCAGACACGCCGUUAGAUUUGUCUAAUGUCAAUCCCAACGAUAUUACGCAGGCACCGAUGUACAAUAAUCCGUGCGGCGGUGGAGGUGGAGGCGGUGGCGGCUCUAAUCGCGGUAAUUUUCGGGGUGGUUACAAUCGCGACAACGGCCGCCAAUGUGGACAGAAUUACGGCGGCGGCCGGGACUCGUUGCCACCUAGUGGCGGCAGACAUAGCUACGGCAGCGGAACCGGCGGCGGCGGUCCGCGGGACAACUUCGGGAAUCGCGACUUUGGUCGACCACCGUUUUUUAAUCCCAACUUCGAGCACUGCGGCGGACCACCCAUGUUUGGCACCCACGGGCCACCGCCGCCUUUCCGCAACCGUAAUCCGCAGCAUUUUCGCAACGAGCGACCACGUUUUCCACCGCCGCACGUCGAACGUCCGUUUAACUAUCCAGACGGCAGCGGUUUCGAACCGAGACCGCCUGUGUUCCAUAUGGAUCGAUUUCCUAGACCACCUAGGCCACCUCCGUUAAUCCCGCCACAUCCUGGUGGUCCACCUGUCGUGCUGACGAAUGCGCCGAAUUCCGUUAACCCACCGAUGCAUGUACACAACAACCUACCUCCGCCCAAUAUGUCCGAAGAUGUGACGCAAAAUUAUCAACCGUCCGUCGCCGAGCAAAAUGAUCACAUCGCAACGGACCCUAUAAUUCCAAUGGAUCCUAUACUUCCGAUAGAUCCUAUAAUUCCGAUGGAUCCUAUUGCAACGGAGCCAAUUACCGGACGGCAGGAUAACGAAGAUAUUUAUUGUGAUCUCGAUUCUUCGACUAAGCCUGACUGCGAUAUGCAGAGGAAGGAGCACAGUGGCUCGAUGAUACUUCUGCCGCCGCCAGAGCCGCCAUCUGGUUUGCUGAACUUUGACGAGAACUCCAAAAGUGACAAGGAUAAUGAAAGCGAGCACGAGCUGGUAAUUGACGACAGUCACAAAGAGGAAACAUCAAGGGACUUGCCGAGUGGCGACAAAUACGAUCCGUUUGCUGCCGACAGUGACAGCAACGAUGAAGUCGCCAUCGCUUUGCAGAAGAAGAUGGCUAUAGAAAAAGCGGAAGUAUCUCAGAACAGCGUGGAUAGUUGUGAUAUACCUAUGCCGGACUCGUCACCGGUACUUUCACCAAGUUAUCCACUUUCGAUGUCUAUGGCUGGUACGACAGCGAACAGGAAUCUGCCGCAAGAGACACUUCGAUUGACCGCAUAUGACGAAGACGACGACGACAACGAUUCGCAAUCCGACUGUCCAAACUUCUCCAUUUACUCGUCGCAAACCAUGGACGUAGCUAGACAUACGGAACAGGAAUUGUCGCAGCAAUUGGGACCGCUUCAACCACCGCCGUUACCGCCCAGCAUACCUGACGAUGACGAUAUUAUUGUGGGAGACGUUCAAGCUUGCGAUAUGCCAGACGCAACUCCUGAACCAGCUGAUCCUUAUCUCGAGGCAUUACAGAAAGAACGGAAAAUCUUAAGUAAAAUACCACCUAAGAAGAUCUCACACGAUUCGCAGCGCGGCAAGAUUACUUUUAAGAUCGGCAACAAGCUGAAGCUUAAUAAUCGGUUCAGCGGUCUGGAUGAUCAGAAGAAAGUGACGAUAUCGCCAUUUGAGCAACAAGAGCGAGAUAACGACAAAAAUGUUGGUUCGUCAAAGCCAGUGACAGAGUCUCCCACAAUAGAACCAUCGACGUUAAACCAAUCAAAGAUGGAAUCCGUCAAAGAGGACGAGAAGAACGCAUCAACUGAAUCUGCAGUGUCAAGCGUCAAGGAUAAAGAAUCGCCCAAAUUUUCAAGUCGACGUGAAAGCAAAGAUGACUCGGAGAGCUCAGAUGAGGAAGCUAUGAAAACAGACAAGAACCUGGAAAAUGUUGAUGUGUCGCCUAAUAAGAAAGAAGACGAAGAUGAAGACGAAGACGAAGACGAAGACGAAGACGAAGACGAAGACGAAGAAGAGUUAUCGCAAACGGAAAUGACAAAUGUGGCCGACAAAGAUCUCACGGCGGAAAGCGUAGAGAUAUUGUCUGUUCUUCCAUCAUCUCCGAAAAAGUCGGACAACAUCGAGAGCACAAACAUGGAGUGCGAUUCGGAAGGUGGCGACGCAGCAAAAAUCGUGUCGAGUCGUUCAAGCUGCGAACUGCAAAGUGUGACAAAUGCGCACGACGACUCGCACGAGCGAGAAUGGAGCAGCGACGAAUAUGAACGUGCGGUGAGCAAUGAGUCCGCUGAAAAAACAGAUCGAGGCGACAAAGCGUCGAGCGACAACGAAGAUCGAACCUCGCCGGAUCAGCGAAAUGAGAAGACGAGCUCGAAUGUCUCGGUGGCGGAUGACGAAGUAGAACAAUUUCUAUUAGAGAAAGACAAGAUAGAUCAACAGCCGUCCGUAUCGGCUACUUGUGGUGAUUACAACUGGGAGUCAGACGGCGCUUACACGCCCUGCAAGGACGAGCUGCCUUUAAAAAACGUGAAGCAAGCGGACCGACGCCCGGCAUCUUACGAAAUUGGCUUGGAACCGAUCACACCGACGAAGGAUAGAACAAACGACGGCUUGGACGAUUGCAGGACACCGUUAGGCUAUGCCGGACUAGGUACAGAAGCUAUAUCUGAGACUGACGAGACGAUAAACUUCGACGAGGAGUCAACUGCUCAGUUUUCGUCACGCAAAAAGAAGGAGACAGAAGAUGGCGAAAUAGUAGAUUCAAGAAAUGCAAACUCAAAGGAAAAGUCAAAGGAGGAAAAUGACGGAAAGAAGAAAAAGAAAAAAGACAAGAAAGAGAAGAGCAAGGAGAGCACGGAGAAGAAUAAGGAAAACAUCUCUUCGGACAAUCUGGUCUCCUGGAAGAAGCUCACUAAGAAUAUGAAGGAAAGACAGUAUCGGGAAAAGGAUAAAAGAAAGUCCAAGUCGAAGGAAAAAGAAAAAGAAAAGGACAAAGACAAGGAUAAGGACAAGGAUAAGUCUUCAAAGAAAAAAAUAAAAGAGAUGAGCAAGAAGAAAGAGAAGAGAAAAGAUCUGCCGCGAUACAAUGUGAGAAAACUUGUAGCUGAAAAGCCUAGGCCUACGAAAGACGAGUUUGGUAGGGAUAUCGUAUCGCGAACCAUGUCAAGAAGUCGUUCGUUGAACAAGGCCCCAUCCGGUUCAAGAGAUCGACGAAGUCGAUCGUUCUCAAAAGGACGAUCCAGAAGCAGAUCCCGUUUGCGGAUGUCCUGGUCGAGGGAAUCGAGAUCGUAUCGAUCUGUCUCGCGCAGAAGAUCAUCGUCUCGCGCUAGACACAAAUCUUCCCGGAAAGGAUCGUCGCACAGAGGAUCUUUGUCAAGACGGCACUCGAUCUCUCGAAAACGAUCGCGAUCGCCGUCGCGAAAGCGACGAUCACUGUCGCCCAGACGAAGAUCUAGACGAUCGCUAUCGAGAACACGCGACAAGCGAAAAGACAAGUCGAAGAAGUACAAAUCACGUAGUCGCUCGAGGAAAUCGAAGAGGUCACGCAGCAAGUCGCCGAAAUCGUCUAAGUCGCGCGAGAAAAAGCACAAGAGAAAAGCGCGCAGCCGCUCGAGGUCGAAAGACAGAUCAGUCUCGAUAGAUCGGGAUCGCAAUCGUAACUGGGAUCAGAUAAACGAGAAAAGUGUGGAACGUGAACAGCAAUUUACGCGUGAGAGAGAACAGGAGCGUUCUUGGAGUGCGUGGACGCCGUCCUGGUCGCGGUCAGAAACACCGCCACACAUCCAACAGGAGCAGUUGGCUUCUCGUAACUGGUCACCUCCGCCUGUUUUGGAUAGCGUGUCGCCAAAGAAUCUGACUGUUAUCUUGACGAACAAGGAAGCGAUAAAGAAGAAGAAGAAGGAACGCCGGAAAGAAAGCAGAAAAUCCAAGGACACGGAAAAACGACGAAAGAGCAAACGUAACAGGACUCCGCCGCCGUCAAAGGAAGUUUUUGCUAGUGGUGAUAAUAUCCUGGUCAGUGUUUGUUUCAACAAAGACAACGAGACGACAAAUCCGACGUCCGCAACAGAAUUGCCGACCAUUCCGUUGAUGCCUCCGAUUAAACGACGACAAAGGGACUCCGAUCAGAAGGACGCGUCUCCGGCGAAACGAGCGAAGAAGGAAAAGUUGAAAGACAAACGGUCAAAGUCGCCGAAGCUGAAAAAAGAUAAGAAAAAGAAGUCCAAGGCGGCGGAGAUAGCGGCAACGAAGAAACCUGUGGCUGUGAUUGAUUUAGACCAAUCGCCAUUCCGCGAACAAACACCAUCGCCGCGUGACAUUAUUGUUCUGAGCGACGACGAUGACAAGCAAGUGCAGGAAACGCUCGCCGCGUCGCCCGAGCCGUGUCCACCGUCGUCGCAGGCGUCGCCGCCGCAUGAACAAUUCGUCUCGCAAGGCCCGAAGACACCGCCAGAGCCGGCGCAAAUCAAGUUCUCUAUAAACAAACAGCCCAGCAAUCUCAGACCGUCUUUGAUAAACCCGCUAAUGGAAGAAGAGGAAGAGGAGGAAGAGGAGGAGGAGGAGGAGGAAGAAGAAGAGGAAGAAGAAAUGAUGGACGAGCGAGCGGAAGAAGAGCUUGAGAUGCGAGCGCAGGAAGAAUUGGAACUGCGCUUGAAAAUCGGUCCCAACACACCACCGGAACCGCCUCCACCGACCUCGCCGGAUGCAUAUGAUCCUUUCGAUCCGACUAAGUCCCGAUCACCGACGCCGGAUGCGAGUCAAGAAGUUACAUCGAGCGACGAGCGCGAUCGAACUCAGCGAUCGAGUUCACCGAGAAAACACGAUAUUACGACGGAUGAGCCGUUACCAUUGGACGAGCCCAGCAACCAACAGCAAGAUCAGCCUAUUGUACAAGAAAAACCGGCGGAAAAGCCAAAGAUAAUCUCGAUGGUGACUAUUAAAAGACCAUCACCACAGAGAGACGUCACCGCGUCGCCCAUACCAGAGAAUCAGACCGAUGUACCACAGUCGUAUAGCAGUCCGCCUCAGCAGAAUCCGUCGAGCAUACAAUCGGCUGCUCCAUUCACCACUGUCAACCCUGUGCUUGCGACAGUAGCGGCCGCCGUGCAGAGAAGCUUCAACAGCAGCACACCUAACACGACGCAGAAAACAGUAUUGCAGUCUAAUCGCAUUUCGCCGAGUAAUCAGAUGAAACCUCGCACGACUGACAGACCACAGCUUCCUAAUGUAUUCGCAAAUUCUGCCAAAUCAUCUACCACAGCGCGGUCUUCCAAACCCACUCAAACUAAGAACAGUUCGACGAUAGGUCAAAACGGUAGCGAUACUGUCAUAGAGGCAACGAAUGACAACGUAGUCGACAUGUCGUCGCCUUAUUCGCCAGGAUCAACUCUGAGCGACGGUCUAUUCGACCCGCCUAGUCCCACCAACUUCAAUAGCUCACCUGUUGUAAACGCACCAGCGCCUGCAGCUGCCAAAACCACGCCGAAAGUUAACAAGGGCGGGGAAAAGAAAGAUGCGUUUGACGCCCUGUUUAGUGGAAUAGUGCAGCCUAUUAACAAGCCUGUGACCAAGAACAGGAGCAAAAAGGCUCCUAAGGAAAAGACGAAGAAGCCUCUCAAUUCUAAAGUAGGCGUACGUAUGGAUGAAAAUCAGCUCCAGAUCCUAGACGAUCUUCCUAGUUCCGCAGUGGAAAUGCAAGUUAAGGACAAGUUCCUUAAAAAACUAAACCGACAAGAAAGAGUUGUGGAGGAGGUGAAGUUAGUUCUCAAACCUCAUUACACCAAAAAGCAUGUUACAAAAGAGGAAUAUAAAGAUAUCAUGCGCAAAGCUGUACCUAAGAUAUGCCACAACAAAACGGGCGAAAUUAAUCCUAAGAAGAUAGCGUUGUUAAUAGAAGCCUAUGUGAGAAAGUGUAGAAACAACAAAAAGAAAACAACGACGGCAACAACGGCGACUUCCAAGAAAUCUACAAAGCCUCUAUGGAGUUGAUUACGUAUUGGCAAUCAGUGUAGGACAGUAGAAAUUUCUUCGACUUCCGAUGCCUCUUCUUAGAUCGGGCGUGUGAAAUAUUUUCUAUCAUUUCGGUGGUAAGUGAAUCGGUAGCAUAUGUACAUACGCAUGUGAUAGUGUAUGUACGUUAUAUAUGCUGCCGCCAAUGAACAAACAUAUAUUGUGUGUACAUACAUAUUUCGUUGUAAACGUAAUAUUUUUAUUUAUCUAAAUAUAAAAUUGUUCGCAUGUGUUUACGAAAGAGUCGUAAGUGAUAUAUUGAUAUUAUUCGUAAACGCACACGAGGUCUGAUGUCAGCUUAAAACGACGUUCAAUUCAGCGAAUGUUUAAGUAACACAAUAACUAUGUAAACCUUCCCUCUACAAGAAAAUAGAGGCGGAACAAGCAUAUACGGUUUCCUACGUAGGAAGAACGAAAAAAAAAAAAAAAAAGAUGAUUAGUCAAUUUUAUUAAUAUAUUGUUAAUUUUUACCAUAUAAUCGAUAUGCAUUCUUUUUUACGAAUUGUAUGUAAUGGGUGUUUCAUUAUUUUACCCGGAAAAGUGUAAUCUUAACUGAUAUAUAUCUCUCACGUGAGACCUCGUAUAUUAAAAAGAUUUAAAUGAUGUUUAAACAUUCGCGCGCGAUUCAUAAAAAAGCGCUUGACGAUGUACAGCUUCUGUCCGAGAUACAUGACCGUUUAUAUUGCGAUGAUCAAAAAAAAAAAAGAAAUAACUUUUUUGUUAAGUUAAAAAAAAUUAAAAUAUUGUACGAUAAAAAAAAGUCAUACGACGCGUAGACUGCCUUGUAAAGUAGAAAAAAAGCUGAUAACACAAAAGAACCAACCCAAAUCGAAGCACUAUCCCAAGUCGUGAUUUGCGAAGGAGGAAACAAACCGCCAUAUUUUCUCAGCAAUUAUGUUGAUGCAAACAAAACGUACUAUCGUUAUGUAGCUUAUUGUUACAUAAAAGCGACGAUGGCCUACCAGUCUCUUUUUCAUAAAGUUCAAUUCCGCAAAAAAAAAAAAAAAAAAAAAA